GAGACCCUCCGUCGCUGGCCCUUCCGGCGGCAGCGCCCGGAGCGGAUAGGAGAUGCCACGAACCGCCCCGCCAGUGCUAGGCUUUGUUGGGCUACGUCACUUCCUCCACGGUCCCGCCCCCAGCGUGGUCGUAACCCAAGGCAACGGCCCGGCCGGCAGCGACCUGAGUAGCCAUUGCCAGUAGGCCGGGACUAGCUGUCUCGGGGCCUUCCAUACGCUCGGCCCAACAGGAAAAGACCACCAAUAUUCUCUUUUAGUAGCGGAGCGUGUUGAUCCUGCCUGAAGUACACCAGUGUUCCGAAGGUGCAUCUGGUGAUCUGAGUCUUGCUCUGUUGCUCAGGCUGGAGUGCAAUAGCGUGAUCUUGGCUCACUGCAACCUCCACCUCCCGGAUUCAAGUGAUUCUCCUGCCUCAGCCUCCCAAGUAGCUGGGAUUACAGCAAGAAGAUGUUAAAAACUUUAAGCAAGCAUCACAGUAAUGGAUCUCUGUCAGAAAAAUGAGACUGACUUAGAAAAUGCUGAAAAUAAUGAAAUUCAGUUCACAGAAGAAACAGAACCAACCUAUACUUGUCCAGAUGGAAAAAGUGAAAAAAAUCAUGUUUAUUGUCUUCUCGAUGUCAGUGACAUUACGCUUGAACAAGAUGAAAAAGCCAAAGAGUUUAUUAUUGGAACUGGAUGGGAAGAGGCAGUCCAAGGGUGGGGAAGGACUUCUCCAGCUGCCUGCAUCUGGCCGAGGAAGAUACCAAAAAAGGCGAGGGUAGGGGAAGGUGCCUGCAGCGACUGCUUGGUGUGUGUUAACCUCUCCCACUGGAGCCUCCAGACUAAGCCUCCUACUGAGGGGGGCCCAGAGAAGGAUCAGAGCAGCCCCUCCCAGACUCAGGCAGCCCCCCAGGGCCCCAGCACUGCUUCCAGGGCGAUUAGCGACAUCUGCUUUCCCACCUACUUUCGAGCAGAGAAAAAAAGUCUGCAAAUCAAGGAGUUUAUUUGGUGCAACAAAGACUGGGCCAUCCCCGGCACUAAUAGGGGCAAGGCCUUUGGGAAUCCCAGUGGAGGGGCCCACAGAGGGCUGUCCAUCCCAGGCCCCCUGACUUCCAGGGCCGUCCUAGUUCUGCCUCCCCUGAAGGCUUCACUUUCAAAUGCUUUGGAUGUUCUGGGUAAGAAGAGUAAGAACUCUUUCUUGCAGUCAGAAGAGAAGGUGCUGGAUGUGGAAAAGGAUGCGUGUGUGGCUUGUGCAUAUGGCUUGAAAACAGCAGAUGGGAAAGGUGAAAAAAGAGCCAGUGAGCUGGCUAAACACCCUAUGGUCAACGACACGCCAUCCUCCCCUUCCCCAGCGGCCCGGACAUCCCUGCUGACCGAUCCGGAGCAGCGCUGCCUGCAUUGGUCCCUCCUGUCUGAGAAAAACCUGGCGUGCCCUCCAGACCCCAGCAACGUUCGCUACCUUGCUGCCUUGCAGCUUCUGCAGAAACGGGGAGUGCAAAACUACAAAUCCAAAUUCAAAGCCAAGGAGCCAAGAUCUCCUGUGAUCACCCGAAAGCAUGUUCUCCCAAAGGCCAAGCAGGAAAACAGGCCCCAAAUGCUGGAGACCAAAGUUUUCCCAAGACCUCUCUUGCCGUCUCUCACAGUGAGCAGAGUUAUCAUUCCCGUCUCUACCCACAGGAUCCUCUGAGCGGUCGCGGUAGAACCCCUGGGAAUAAGCACCGUUUGAGAUGCAGCCAUCCUUUCUCUUUCUUCCCUCUCAUUUCCCACCCACCCCCCACUCUCUCUUUCUCUCCUCCCCGUCAGUCUGUCUUGACUCUUCUUUUCUUCCAUUUUUUUUUUUUUUUGUAGUACAACUGAAGAAAACUGAACCUCAGUGGAUUGUUGGGAUUUAUUUUCUAAAACACCAUAUUCAUGUGUUACCUGCUUCUGCUACUUAGCCAUUCACAAAAUGCCAAUUGGUCUUGCCAGCCCCAGCCUCUGCCUGCCUCAUGUCCACUCCCAGCAGAAGCCACGCAGAAAGUGGGGAAUCCAAAGGGCCUCCUUCCCUCCAUGCUGGCCCCACGUCAGCCCAGAGCCAUCUGGCAGGUGUCCUUUCUGCCCCAUCCCCGUGCCUCAAACUAAGUAUACUGGGCUGGUUUAGACCAAACUGCCUCCUGAUUUUUUGAACGAAGCAGGUGUCUAUGUGCUGCCUCAUUUGCUGUUGCAACAAAGAUCUGAAGAAUUGCUUUAAUAAAAAACUCCAGGCCGGGCUCAGUGGCUUACGCCUCUAAUCUCAGCACUUUGGGAGGCCAAGGCAGGUGGAUCACCUGAGGUUGGGAGUUCGAGACCAGCCUGACCAACAUGGAGAAACCCUGUCUCUACUAAAAUAAUACAAAAUUAGCCGGGCAUGGUGGCGCAUGCCUGUAAUCCCAGCUACUCAGGAGGCUGAGGCAGGAGAAUCGCUUGAACCCGGGAGGCAGAGUUUGUGGUGAGCCGAGAUCGUGCCAUUGUACUCCAGCCUGGGCAAUAAGAGCGAAACUCCGCCUCAAAAGAAAGAAAAGAAAACCCCAGCUUGUGUCCAGGACGUCCAAGGCAUUGGAGACCCUGUGCGUCCAGGGUGUCACACCCUCAGAUUGUUUCCAUGUAUAUACACUAUCGUCUCCUGCAUUUUCAGGGUGCCAUAGCCUCAGAUUGUACCCUCAUACUAAUCUGUGUGUCUGGAAGUUUUAGCUACAGUGCUACAAAAUCCAGCCUGGGAAGCAGGUAAAGAAUAAUUACUUUUUGGGGCCGGGCGCCGUGGCUCACGCCUGUAAUCCCAGCACUUUGGGAGGCUGAGGCGGGCGGAUCAUGAGGUCAGGAGAUCGAGACCAUCCUGGCUAACAUGGUGAAACCCCGUCUCUACUAAAAAUACAAAAAAUUAGCCGGGCGUGGUGGCGGGCUUCUGUAGUCCCAGCUACUCGGGAGGCUGAGGCAGGAGAAUGGUGUGAACCCAGGAGGCGGAGCUUGCAGUGAGCAGAGAUUGCGCCACUGCUCUCCAGCCUGGGCGACAGAGUGAGACCCCGUCUCAAAAAAAAAAAAAAGGUUACUUUUUGGGAAAAAAAUAAAAAGAUCACUGUGAUUAUCAUCCCA